AUGCUUCUCAGAGUGGAGACAACGCAAGAUCGUGGUCGCGUGGUUGUGGCAACAGCCGACCUGCAACCAGGUGUCAUUGGGCUACAGCUGUUGGCCGAAACAGCCAUCAUUGUCGUUCCUCCUUAUGACAAUCGCAUUCCUUCCACCGCAAUAGAUCAGUGUCCUCGUUUCCCAGAAGAGCUCCAAUCCAAGAUGGAUCCCAACUUUUGGGCCUCUUAUUGGUGCUACAAGAGUCAACCAGACGAAAUCCAGGCAAUGAUCAGAGACUUUUACACCGAAUUGGACUGCUCGACGGCCAAAACGAUCCGUCGGCUCGUUACGCCGGUUGCAAAAGUAUACGAUGUAACUGACAUUGACGAGUUUGUUCAUAUCAGUAUGGUCUUUCAUUUCAAUGCCGUCACGGUCAACCCACCAUCCUCCGACGGCCACGGUGCAGGGACCAACUACGGCCGAGGCCUCUUCGAGAUUGCAUGUCGGAUGUCUCAUUCCUGCAAGCCAAACUGCAGUUGGAUCAGUUCGCAGGACGGAACACAAAAGCUGGUCCGCCUCAUCGCCCCCGUGAAACAAGGAGAAGAGCUAACGAUUUCCUACACGGAUUGUCUCUUGUUGCCAACCCACACUCGUCGCCAGGCGUUGCUCCGUUCCAAGAACUUUUGCUGCAACUCAGGUAAGGUACCGGUACGAUGCGAGGGGAAUGAGCUACCAAAAUAA